AUGCAGCUCUCUUGUCUCCUCACCUUAUGGUGUGGUUGGUUCACUCUGAUCAAUGCCGCUGCGACCAACUCAAGCCUGAACGACGGCAUCAUCCCCGAUGCAUACAUUGUCACGGUCCACGAUGGCUUCGAUGUACCGACCGUUAUUGGACAGCUUCUCGAACAAGCCGUUGGCUCGGAAAUCUCUCAUGUCUAUGAGUCGGACGCUUUCAACGGAUUUGCCUUUCGCGGUCGUCUCACUGUGAUGGACCGCCUCCUCGACCUGGCCGGUAUUAGAACCAUUGAGCCAGACCGUGUGGUCAAGCUCGACUAUGUCAUGAGUUCGAAACGAGCCGAAGAAACUCAGACAGACGCACCUUGGGGUCUUGCUCGAAUUUCACACAACAAGCCCGGCGCCAAGGACUACGUUUAUAAUUCAACUGCCAAAGACGAUGACAUUAUAGCGUAUGUUAUUGAUACCGGCAUCUACAUCGAGCACGAAGAUUUCUCAGAUGGACGAGCGGUCCAUGGUUGGAAUUUCGUCGACAACAGCACGAAUGGCAACGAUGACAAUGGCCAUGGUACGCACGUAGCAGGCACAAUCGGUGGUACUACGUAUGGAGUCGCCAAAGGGGUCCAUCUUAUAGCUGUCAAGGUUCUCGACGCUGCAGGCUCGGGCACCACUUCUGGGAUCAUAGCAGCGAUCUCAUGGGCUGUUGAUGAUAUGAACAAAAGGGGCAAGAAAGAAAAAGCCGUGGCGAAUAUGAGUCUUGGAGGGGUUUUCAGUGAAGCCCUGAAUACUGCGGUCGACAGCGCGGUUACUGCGGGCCUCUUCUUUGGCGUUGCCGCUGGUAAUGAGGGCCUUCCUGCGUACUUCUACUCGCCUGCUUCUGCCAGGUACACCUGCACGGUCGCCGCAACAGACGAAAAAGAUAAACGGGCGUACUUCUCCAACUGGGGCUCUUCCAAUUACGUCGACAUUUCUGCGCCGGGGGUCAACAUCAAAAGUGCCUGGAUUGACUAUUCCACUGCCGCCAACACUAUAUCUGGUACUAGUAUGGCCACACCUCACGUAGUGGGAGUCGCUGCGGCCUUCCUCACGGCAUCUCGUCCAAGGGUCUUUGUGGUCACAUACAAGAGAAGGCCACAACAGCUGUUAAGUCGAUCCUCGUCAAUGGCCUGCUGCUUUACAACGAUAGUGGCAAAUGAGUUCUCAUAUCGGCUGAUAUUGCGCUUCCCCGGGCACAGAAGCUUGACUCGGGAUGAGCGAUAG